AUGCUAUAUCUGCCAACCGAAAUACUUGAGUGCAUCGCCUCAUGGCUAGAUACCCAGCGAGAUAUCAAUUCCCUCGUCCAGACGAGCCGACGAUUCCUUCCGCUUAGCAAGUUCUUAUACCGUCGAAAUGCGGAAGAGUCGAGGGGCUCAGCACUUGGAUGGGCAGCCGCCCACCAGAUGGAACAGACCGCGAGGAAGGCCAUCGAGGCUGGCGCAAGGAGCGGAGAAGCUUUGUGGAUAUGCGCCCGUCAUGGUGAUGAGUACAUGGCACGGUAUCUGGUCAGUGUCGAGGGCAUGGAAUUGAACUUCAAAGAUGACGACAUUGGCGCGACACCACUCUUGAUGGCUGCCUCUUGCGGCUAUGAGUAUCUGGUCCGCCUGCUUCUCGAGACAGGCGGCGUUGAAGUGGACGCCAGAGACCACAACGACCGGACGGCACUCCUUUCAGCCGCCCAUGCCGGCCACGCAUCAAUUGUAAAGCUUCUGCUAGACACAGGCAAGACCGAGAUAAACCUGGGAGGCGAGUGCAGCUCCAAGCCCUUGCAAUGGGCUAUCAUGGAAGGGCGUGACUCUGUCGUCAAGACUCUGUUGAACUCAGGAAAGGUUGAGCUCGAUUUAAAAGACAACCUUGGCCGGACCCCAUUAUCCCGUGCGGCAUACUGGGGCCACGAGUCAGUGGUCAAAGUUCUCUUGGACCGGGGCAAGGUUGAUAUUAAUUCAAGAGACGACUAUGGUGUCACGCCCUUAUUGCGAGCCGCGAAAUGGGGGCAUGCUGCGAUCUUGCAGCUGUUACUGGAAUCAGGCGAGGCUAAGGUUGACGCAAAAGCAAACGACGGGCACACAGCACUGUCGCUGGCUGCUGAAGGAGGACAUGAAGAAAUUGUCCGACUCCUCCUGGACUGGGGCAAUAUUUCAGUAAACGCCACGGAUUACAAAUUCGGCCGCACAGCUUUGGCUUGGGCUGCAGUGCAAGGAUUCGAAAAUAUUGUUGGACUACUGUUGCAGUCUGGGCAGGCUGAUAUCAACGCAAGAGCAUAUGAUGGCUCUACACCUUUACUGCUGGCGUCUAGACUGGGCCACCUAAAGGUAGUCGAGUUGCUUCUCAACACCGACCAUGUUGAUACGGAUGCGAGGGCAAAUGAUGGAUCGACGCCACUUUCUUUGGCCGCUGAAGGAGGUCACGAUGCUGUCAUGAAGCUCGUCUUGAACCUGGGGCGGGUUGAUCUCUUAGCUGGAGAGUCAAGGCUCCAAUCACCAUCCUCACCACUCUCACCCUUGAUGUCGCAUGAUUACGAUUUAAUAACUAAACGAUGGAGUCAUAUACCUGGUUCUUACUAA